ACUCCGCCUCACCUGGCUUUGACGUCCCGGCGACCGCUGGUUGGCUGGGCUGGCGCGCCCGCCGCGCCCAGUCGCCGUGACGGAGGAGGAGGGAGAGAGAGCGCAAGGAGGGGAAAUAGGAAGCGCCGCCGUAGCUCUCGGGUUGCCGGCUCCGGCUUAACUUCUUCCUCUGGGUCGUCCGAGCGCGCUGGCCGCCUCCGGCCCUGUUCCUCUCCCUCGCCGCCUCUCUCUUCUCCUCCCCGCUUACGCUCUCCCCCUUCCCCGCCUGCCCCUUUGCCCUUCUUCCCUUCGCCAUGUCCACCCGCUCCUGCCGGGAAAAGGCGCAGAAGCAGAACGAGCAGCACCAGGCCAUCCUCGCCAAGCUCUUGCGGGAGGAAGACAACAAGUACUGCGCGGACUGUGAGGCCAAAGGUCCACGAUGGGCUUCCUGGAAUACAGGUGUCUUUAUUUGUAUCAGAUGUGCUGGAAUACAUCGAAAUCUGGGGGUGCAUAUAUCCAGAGUCAAGUCUGUCAAUUUGGACCAAUGGACACCAGAACAAAUUCAGUGCAUGCAGGAGAUGGGAAAUACCAAGGCAAGAUUACUUUAUGAAGCUAAUUUACCAGAGAAUUUUCGAAGACCUCAAACAGAUCAAGCUGUGGAGUUUUUCAUCAGGGAUAAAUAUGAGAAGAAAAAAUACUAUGACAAAAAUGUAACUCAUGUCACCAGUAUGUCUUCCUCUGAUGCUGCUCAGCCUCAAACAUCUUCUCCUUCUCUGCAAGCUGCUUCUGAGCAAAGCAAAAUGGAGAAGGAAAAAGAAAAGAAGAAGGAAGAGAAAAAAAGGGACAGAGAACCAGAAAAACCUUUGAAAAGCUUAGGAAUGGAAAAAAGUCAGACCUAUUUGGAUGGUCUGCCCCAGAUACGUGAUAGAACUGCCUGGUUUCCAGGAGCACUUGGGGAUUUCCCUGACAAACUAGCGAGCAAAGGCCUGGUCUGGACUGGCAAGAGGUAGCAUCUUGGCUUUUGACAAAAUCUCCCCUGAGCGGCUGAUCCCUUGGUUUUCCAAGGACCUCUGGGAGAUGAAGUAGCUAAAGCAAUGACAAGAUGGAGAACAACUGUAGCUGAAUUUGAGUGAGCGUGGAUGGGUGCCAAAGUUUGGGCCUGCUUCAUGGCGAUAAGAGGGGUGAAGUGUUCUUAAAUUUCAUCUCAUUACAGUAGCAGGUGGUCAUCUGGCAGCCCUGUCAGGCAGCCAACUCCCUUUUAGGUAGGGGCUACCCUGUUGGCUUACCACCUUGCUGCUGUGACCAGUUUGCUUGACACGUUACUGAUAAAGUCACUCAAAUUCACUCUAAUUGAGACUCCACUUGGGCAAGGUCUUGUGUGGUGAUUGGGUACUAUCUUGCCAGGUUGUUUGGGUUUCCUUUUGGCCUGUUAUCUCUGAGGAGGUGGAUAGGACGCCUCCAGGAUAUCCCUGACUACUCUUCCCUCUCCUGGCUUCUUAGGGCAGCUGUGGGGGGCAGUAGUUCCCUGGGUCUAAGAGACUUUGAAUACCUCAUUAUGGGAGGGGUCAGUGCCAAUGUCCCUUAAAAAGGUGUUUGUUCACCUCCUCCUUAAGAGGCCCUCCUUGGAUCCAGAGAUAUUAGACAACUACUGCCCAGUCUCCAACCUUCCCUUUUUGGUGAAGGUUGUCGAGACAGUGGUUUGGGAUCAAUUACAGAAUACCCUAGAAGAAACAGAUUAUCUGGACUCUUAUCAGUCAGGGUUCAGACCCGUGUAUGAAUAGAGACAGCACAUCUUUCUUCAUAACAGAGAUCCCU